AUGAGUUUGCUGCGUUUUCUGUGCCCUUUGCCUCGCUGUGACAUCUUUGGUAUAUUCCAACUGGUUGCUCGCUCUUUAUGGGCUACACGUUGCCUCAAAGAUCACCAUGAUCGCCUCCGACUCAGCCACAUCGAAGGUUGGAGAAGUGCUCAUUCAGAUGAUCCUGGCACAGCUUGCCAUGGUGGACCAGGCAAAUUUGCAAGGGCCUUGAUUCACCAUGUGUUCACAGAGAACAACCUCAUGGGCCACUCACUUCUCGGAAACAACACCACCAAUAGGCAAAAAGAGGCUCUUGGCCUUAUCAGGGUCAACGCUGUUAUAGGCUUUACCUGUCACAAGUUUCCUGUGACAAACAUGGCCUACAUUAAGAACACUCUGGCCUCACUUCUCGCAAGGGACCUGAAGUGUCCAGAAGAGCUCAAGUCUGUGGACAGUUGAAGUGUUGUGCACUUGCAGCCCUCAACAUUUUUUUUAUUAUUAUGAUGUUUCUAGUCACCUGAAAAGCCCAGGUUGGAUGCUUCAGACACAAGUACUGUGUUGUGAUUAAUAAUCAAUUGCAUAAGUGUUGCACUUUGUAUUUUAGUACAUUUUUACGUAAAUUUUUAAUAUAUUUCUACAAAAGAUAGUGUUUCUUGACUAUUUUAUUUCAUAGGUAUCUCGGGUCAUUUCAUGCCAAGACUGUUCCAUGACGGCACACCAUUUCAAGUUUGUUUGAU